AAUCAUGAACACCAUGAUCUUUGCGGGUUCAACCGGACAACCAACAAACGAAAAGAUGGGUGGCUGAGAAUGAGCAUGCUCAACAUUUAAUCAACAACUCUGCCAUCGGUCAAAACCGCCAAUUUUGGAGAACUCUGCUUGGCAAAAACAAAUCGGCUGGUCUGCUUUGGUGAAAUUUGUGCUUUUCAUGACGAGGAUCAACGCUACCGCGUUUUGAAAUUGAAGAACUACAAAGGCCGAUAACUGGCACUAGAGGAAAUGAGACGAAGGCUCACUUUUGGGUCUAACAAGUAUGGAAGUCAUACAAAGCCAUCCCAUGGACACAUGGUGGACCCUCUAGUGAAGAAAGACCAAGUUUUGUACCUCUUCCAUCUAUUGAUAAUGAAAAUAAAGACAAUAUACACCACUACUUGAUUGCAUUUGGAAACGGCAGUGCCUCACACCUAUGAGGAAAACUUCCCGCGCCAUCCAAAGGACACCCACGACAUUCAAAGUCUCUUUCCAAGCGUAAAGUAUUUGUAUCUACUAUCAUUAUUGACGAAUAUUUAACCU